AUAUGUAAUUCAAAUUUCUCUCAACAAGCCGACCAGCAUGGUAAUGGUAACUAUUUUACGAGGUGCUCAUGCAAGUCUGUUUCGUUUAUACCAGGGGUGUGCAACAGGCGGCCCGCGGGCCACAACCCGGCCCGCCAAGACAAUGAGUGUGGCCCUUGUCAACACUAAGAUAUUUUCCCACUAAGCAUCAAAUUUUAACCUGACAGUUUAUGUUUAAAAAAGCGCAUACACGGGUUAAAAUCCAUGAAUUUAAGGCCUUUUGCCUUUAUUACUGUAAGACUAAGCUAUAUAGCCUUUUUGUGGUGAGUAUUUUUUAAUUCAUUGUGUACCCGAAAAAAAUUGAAUAUUUUGAAUGGCCCGGCUAGAUGUCAGAAGUUGGUUAUAUGACCCGCCGACAAAAAUUGUUGCCCACUCCUGGUUUAUACAAAUACUUUCCGAGGUAAAAUAUUCGUCAAUACAUUUUAACUGGUCGUCGAGUGGCCAGAUUUAGUGCUUUUCGAGCCGCACUCGUUAUGCCAGAUCUGAAAAUUAUUAAUACUAUCCCAAGCAUUUCAUAAAAGGAGGUUCGGUAUCCAAGUGAUUGUUGCUUGGCGACAAAUAAGUUUUGACAUAUAAAUAAAGCCGGCUACAACUUUGUUUGAGCAUGGCUUAGCUAUGAUGUGCAUAUUGAGUCAGCUAUUUACGAAGUCGUGUGUGGGAUCGGUUGCGCCGUCAUUCCGGUAUUCAUCUUUGGUCCUCACGCAAAAUCAUAAGGCAGGACACUUUCAGUCAGCUGAAAUUGAUAUGAAUAGUUUCAUAUUUGUUGGUAAACUUUGUCUGUUUUUCUUGGUAAUAUGUGGUAUUCCUUCGCAAAGGAUAUACAACAAAAGAUGGGGUCUUAAAGACUCGCCUCCUCCACACCAAGAAACGGCCAAGACUGCGAGAUAUCUGGUUCAUGCAACGUUGUGGGCAGUCGUUGCAACAACGUCGACUUUAAAAGAAAUAGCUGGAAGCCCAUUCUCGAAUGUAUUUUCUUUCUGCGAUGGACCUGUUGAAAAUGGCACAGGAAUACCGUAUUUUUACGUCACUGAUUUUGACGUCAGCUUGCAAGAUGUUAUGAAGAAUCCAAUUGUUUCGUUUACUGUGUCGGAGGCGGAGACCGAAUAUUGUGGAAAUCAGGAUUUCGAUCCCGAAGACCCAAGAUGCGCCAGGCUAGCCUUAUCAGGAAAAAUGGUAAAUGUUACCAACACUGAAGAAAGAGAUUUUGCUUUAGCAUCUUUAUUCAAAAGACACCCAGUUAUGAAGUCCUGGCCAACUUUUCAUGGUUUCCAUGUUACCAAGUUGGAAAUUGACAUGAUUUGGUUGCUCGACUACAUCAGAGGAUCAUCAAUUGUACCGCUGAAGGAUUACUUUGCAGCAAAUUUAUAGUCUGACAGCAGAAUCCAACAGUCGAUUUGAGACACUGAAACUCUGUUUCUAAAAUGAAGUGCAUUAUUUAUUCUUCAAUUGCUAAUAUUGUUUAUAUUUUGUGAAAUAUUUUUUGUCGUCAAAAUGUGACGUUAAAAAAUUUACUUCAUGGAAAAUUCACAUGUUAUGCAAGUUGUGAGAUAUAUGUUUUUGUACUCUUAAACGUCCGGGUUAUCACGGAAAAUAUUUUUUGGUGAAUUUCAUGCUACAUAGUUCAUCAAAAUUUUUAACGCUUUCUAUUUUACAUAAAAUCUUGUCGCGCGCCACGCCGCGUUGGAAUAAUUGUUGGUAUUGUAAAACCCAUAACAACGAACAUUUAAAAAACACAUAAAAACGAAUAAAUAUUUACUGAAACAAUUGAAUGUCCUGGAAAUCUACAGCUUUGGAGAAGAAUUUGAUGGACCAAAUUUAAAAUGUUGGGCUUCAAAGGAAACAUGGCGGUGCGCAUCGCUGAAUCUAAAAUCUGUUAUCCAUAUUUUGCAUUUUCUCAACAAAACUGGAUCCUUCGAAGCGAGAGUAAAAUUAAUUUUUACCAAACCGUACGCGUGCCACGUUCGAGCUGGUGUCGUGUAACAUCGGGCACGCGUUCCCUCUGCUGUGCACCGCUGUUGAUAUUCCAAACAGGAAUGCAUAAGCACGGGAAGAUCAAGCGAUGACGUUUCAUGUAAUGAACGUACCGUAUUGACAAUGGGCUCUGAAGAACCGUUUUACCGUGCGUUUUUAUCACGUAUAUAUAUUGUUUUUCGACUGUAUAUAAUAUUCAGCCAGGGUACGAUGCUAGUCACACUGUUAUAUAAACCAAGUUUGAACUGAUAUAGUGAUAGUUCACAUACAUAUUGAUCGAUUUUGUUUCUCUUACGUAACUGUUUUUUGUUUAUUCAUAAUUGAAGAUAAGAUAUUUGAUACGGGUACGAUAUCUCUUUUUUUACUAUAUUGCUGAAUUACUCCACUCUAAAUUGACAUCAAAUUCAAAAUUCCAACUGCACUUUGUCAUGCUUCAAGGUAGUAUGAAUAUUUCCCAAACCCCCUCCAGAGUUUUUAUUUGUUAUGUUAUUUAAAUACAAGUCAAUUUUAUUCUUCCUAACAGAAAAUUUGGCUUCAAAUACUAUUUACAAUAAUGUAUAGUUGACAUUUUCCAUAUAACAUUGAAAAGUUAGAGAUAUUUGUGCAAUUACUUACUACACUUUUUGUUCACUUUGCUUAUUUAUUUUAUUUGUUUCGCAUAGUGUUAGGUAUAAGUAUAUAUGAAACAUUGGCUGUUUUGUCAGUUUUUAUAUUCAUCCAGCGAACCCAAAUUUGGACCAAAUGUGAUGGUGCGCAUGUUCUAUGGCGUAAACAGUGGAUUUUUCAUGGCGCUAUUUCCUAUUUUUGAUUAUUAUUUUUCCGUUUAUUGUAAUUACCAAUUGAAUGAGGAUUUGCUUCAAUG